AACAAAACGACCCAAAAGACGACCGAUAAGACGGAAUGGAUGGAAUCAUCGGCCAGUGCGUCCCUUUGCCCGCACGCCGCCUCGUAAACGCGUAGAACACGGUGCGUAGUGUCCGUGCAGUGAGUGUAUGUGUCGUUUGUGUGGUUGCAAUAAACAAACUACCCGGACAACAACAACGCACCAUUAGUUCCCGACACCGCGACCGCGACGGGGCGCCCGUGUGACGCCCGGAGGGGGGCGCCGCGUACACAGAAAGGUGUGCAACAAUGUCCACGAACAGUGGCUUGCUCUAUCCCAGCUUGGUAGAAGUAUGCAACUACCACGAUAUCUACGUUCAACAGCAGCCCGCCGGCCAGGAGGAUUUAGAUAGCGCUAACACUACAACUACAACCACUACACCUCCGUGUGGCAUGGCGCCACCACCACCGUCUAGCGGGGCGGCCGCCGUUCCACCGCCAUCAGAAACGCCAGCAGCAGCAGCAACAACGGGAAGCGGUCCCCGGAGUGAAGGGUCCCGUCGCUAUGCUCCAUCGGCACCGUCGGCCGGAGCCGUACACAGUGCGCACGGUAACGAACCGAGCACGUCCCGGCGAGGCGAACCACCCACCUACGAGGAGGCGGUCGACAUCGAGGGACCGCCACCGUCCUACGAUUCGCUGUACGGUCGCGUCCGCGAAGCUCACAAACGAUCGCAAGGGGUCUUAGAUUUUGUAAAGAACAUCGUUAUCCUCGUGCUUGGCACGCUUGGCUGCACCAUCAUCCUCGGCAUCACGAUCGUCAUCCCGGUGUGCAUGCUCGUGUUCGGGAUCAUCUACCUGUACGAUUGCCCGCAGGGCGAGUACAUCCCGGUGUAUCUGCUGGUCGGCGGUGGCUUCGGGGUCCUCAAGCAGCUGCUGCACCUCUCGACGCGUGUCCGCAGCCGCGAGGAGCAAGAGCUCGAACGGUUGCGCCAAACGCCGACCCAGACGCUGAUCAACUGCUUCAUGCUCGGGUGGUUCAUCAUCGGCUCGUUCUGGAUCUAUCGGAUCUACGAGCCCAACUACGACCCGGCGCUCGGCAAGUACUGCAACAAGUCACUGUACCUGUUCACCUUCUGGCUGAUCACGUCCGUCUACAUUACGCUCGGCGUCGUCACCGUCGUGCUGUGUGGCGUCAGCAUCAUCAGUCUCAUGCUCCACCGGCAAACCUAGCCACGCCGCAGCGCAGCCGCGACGGUCGCGGCCAACGGGGCGAUUGAUUGCUGAUUCGCCACCGCACACCACCUCCGCUAGUUAACGUAUUUUCGACAGUUUUCUAAUCGCUUCACGUAUUUACAGAGCGCGAAAAGAGGGGUUUACGCGGACGGGAAACGACUCUCGGACGGACAGAAGAUGAAACGCACGCACAGUGGGGACGCCGGUCCGGGGUUUAUUUCUAUCUAAAUUUUAGGCGAUCGUACAAUCGAUGUGAAACGCUUCUGUAACGAUUCGUAACGGCGAAAUCCCGUUUCCCAUUCAUAUGCAUGUUGCACGUGACAUACGAACGCACACGCCGCGGUGUUGCUUUACGCUUUAUGUUAACUCUCUCUCUCUCACUAUCUCCUUCUCUCUAUUGAAGUGAUAUUCAGCUGGGUAAGCUUCCAAAAUUUAACCAAAUAACUUACACCGGGCUCCGUGUGCAGGGCCUGAACACAUCCGUCUUUAAGAAGAGGACCAUUACUUAGGCGCGACUUAAACAUACGAUCGAUUCUAAAAUGCUUUUGUUUACGACCCAUCCAUUUGGUUCGGAGUUGUUUCUGUGUGGUCACAAAGUUAAAGGUUGUUCACUGAGCUGACUGGGUUUACACAACUUUACGAAAGUUUGAUCAUUUUUCACUCGCCAACCCAAAACCGAAUGAUCCGAACUCUACUCUUUCGAAACGAAACCAUCGAUCACCCAGUUUGAUCAUCACUGUUUUAGGUUAGGUAUUCAAACGCAGGAGGUCCAGGAUAGCACACACACAGUACCCGUUAGGGGUCGAUCGCGGGUCGGCACGUUUUGUGCUUCCAGCGAGACGCACACCGGAAUGCAAGCAACGGAAAGGGCAAAUGCAGGCGAAAGUGAUAACCAACAACAAACCCGUUUGUGGGCGCAAAAUAUAUAUUGCGAUGGCUUAGGUUUAAGUGUGGCGCGCGUUCACUUUUACUACACCUUACUUCCGGUCGAUCUGUGUGUCUCGUGAUAUUUCGUUUUCGAUGCGUGCGCAGGGAGAAACGGUUCGCGCGCCAUCGGGCGUGCCAGGAGCGCACCGCUUCGUUCGACAAACACACGCCACUAUGAUAAAUGGCCACUGUCUGCAUAUAGUUAUGGAAACCAACUGAAUCUCCGAAGCAAUGAAGGUUAUUUCUGUUGGAGAAUUGACGGGAACAAGCCGCGUCACCGCCAAAAAACGAGAGGGCGCGCGCAUCAUAUACUACCCGAAACCCGAAACUAUUUACUUGGCACUAAGAGCAAAACGAGGGGGGCUACAAACGGUGGCGCAUUAUUGCCAUCACCCUCCCUGCAUACUGCUAACCAACAAAAUAUUUAUAAGAAAAGUUACGGUCCUACAUUUAAUCGAGGGUGAACUCGACGAUCACCACCAUCAACUCUCAAGUCCUACCUACCGAUCGCUUAGAAACGUGGAGUUUCGAUUCUUAAACCAGAGGGACGAGAGGCUGCGGCCAGUGUAAUAGCUCGAUAAGACACGAAAAGCGUUUCCCAGUUCUUCUUAAAUGCCGGAACCAAUAAACACCUUCACUUG